AUGGCCACAGGAUCAUUCUUUCCGCGAAUCGAGUCCGUAUUCUACGCCGUCUUCGACGUCCGACAAGGUCCAAAAAUUGUAUAUCAAGUCCCAGAGGGUCUCAUAGGAACCAGCGCAUCUGCCAGUUCGGCUAGCAGCACCAGCAGUAGUGUCUCACCGUUUCUGACUUCAUCUUCGUCGCCCUCGCCGGUCACACCAGACAGUCCAGCCCUUCCUCGUCUUGACUCGCGCACUCUGCUCAGCCCGCGAAAACGCCCAGCUUCGGCCGCGGAAGUCCUCUUCAAUUUCGAUGACAUCUCUAAAUAUGUCAUACCGCAGAGCGCGCUGUGCGGGAGGUUGGUUAUCUGUGCUACUGGGAAACACCGAAUAAUAGGCUUUCCUGUCGAGUUGCGAGGAAGCUAUGAGCGCAACUACUUCCGAUAUAACUUGUGCUUUGUGUUUGAACGUACCGCCGAUCUGAGUUGUUACGAGCCUAUUAUCCGCAAAGUCAGCCGGGUCCUGACAAAUUGUGAGGAGGAGUCUGGCUUUCUUUCGUCGCCGCAAAGUUCGCCUGCCAUUCACGCUAUUCUCGAGCAACUAUAUGAAGAUCUUACCUCGUACUCUGAGACGUCUAUACCCGUCGAUAGGUUCAAUUCCAUAGACUUAAAAGUAUUUCCCUUCUAUCCCAAUCCACCGCCAGUGAAAGACUGGAUGGUGCCCCUUGCUCUAAUAGGCCUGACCAAAAGGAUUGAGCCUAACUGGGAUUUGACGAUGGUCAGGAUUUGUCAACACAUAGAUGGUACGAACCAUGUCAGUCGCAUUGCGCGGCUUGCGGAUUGUGACAUUGACCUGGCCCGUCAGGCUAUUGCACACCUGCUGUAUUACCAAGUGAUCAUGAUGAUUGAUAUAUUCCAAUACUCGAACAUGUAUACCCUUCGCACCAGCAUACAAUGGCUGGCGGACGAGUCCAACGUUAGAGAUGAGUGCGGUCCAUACGCCACGCGGCCAGGGGAGCCAAUAGCCGACUGGCCGAAGCUGCUGCACCUGUAUUCUCGUCUCAAGCCUGGGAAGACGGUACGAGAAUGGAUGGAGGAGUAUGAUGUACAAUCGUACGGGAUUGACGUCCGUCGGUUUACCAGCUUCGGUGUGAUCAAAGGCUUCCUGCGGCGCGUACAUCGCUGGCCCAUUCUCCUUCGCGAAUCGCAGACACAAUCCCCCGAACGUCUUUCCCUCGGCCGGAGGCGCGGGCAGAGCUUUGCCGCCAUGGCAAGUAACCAGCUGCCUGCUGCGCGUCCCGGCGCAGAUCCCACUCGCUCGCGUGGUCGUCCUCAAGAUCCCGUACCGACCAUCUCCUCCACUGGCGCCGAGAUUGCGACUACGAAAGUGUCUAUUUCCAAUGCACCUCUCCAGCCUACUCGACGUGCAAGUGUCGCCGAGAGCUCUCUCGAGCGACUGCGCGCUCGGGACACGCGCAAGGCCGCGCAUCAAAUCUUCACCAGUCCUUCGCGCGCCGGGCCGCCGGGCUCACCGACUCCUGCAACUGCUGGCCCUCGUGCGUUGCGAGAUAUCUUCGACGUCUCAACUGUGGACCCCGUUGGGGCUCAACGCUUGGGAUUGGGAGCCGGUACGACGUCUUCCACCUUAAGCUACCUCCGCCCGCGGCCGUCGCGUUCUCCCUCUGCACCUGCGGUAUCGCAUGUACAUGCGCAGGUCCCAAUGGGCCCGUCAUUCCCGCAAGAGCUACUUCCGUUGCUGGACGGAGAGCAUCAUACGGACGAGCUCUGCACGCGGUUCGAGGUGGGCUGGCCAGUGAUGAAGGCGUGGUUGAUGCUUGCUGGUGGAGGGAUGGGAGACGAGGAUUACGGACAGGUUUCAAUCAUCUAUCGAUGA